CCCGGGACCGAGGCAGGCAGAGUCUUUGCAAAGCGCAGGUGGCGCGGGGAGGGCACGGCGCCCCGGCUGGAGCGGAGCGGCAAUGGGGGUGGACGUCGAGACGAUCUCGCCGGGAGACGGAAGGACAUUUCCAAAGAAAGGUCAGACGUGUGUGGUACAUUAUACAGGGAUGUUACAGAAUGGAAAGAAGUUUGAUUCCUCCCGAGACAGAAACAAACCUUUCAGGUUCAAGAUUGGCAGACAAGAAGUCAUUAAAGGCUUUGAGGAAGGAGCUGCACAGAUGAGCCUGGGACAACGAGCAAAGCUGACUUGCACACCUGACAUGGCAUAUGGAGCCACAGGCCAUCCUGGAGUCAUCCCCCCAAAUGCUACUCUCAUUUUUGAUGUGGAGCUUCUUAGAAUAGAGUAACUCAGAGCAACUGACUGAAGGCACCUGUUGAUAACCUCCCAUUCUCUUCUCCCUCUCCUUUCAUGGGGAGCAUCUCCAUUGGAAUUUCUGUCACUCCUGCUGUCAAGCCAACAAUGCCUCUGCUUGAGGUUGUUUUCUCACUUGCCUCGUUUUUUAAAAAAUGUUGUUGGUGUAUGUAUUUGUCCUUGUUUAGAUGCUUUUUUUUUGCUGUGGAGACAGAAAAACAAUGGCUGUAACAUUUUGAGUUGUAAAUUUUAUUUUAAUUUGCAUGUGAAACUUUAAAAUUGUGAUUAGAAAUAUAUACACACACAACCAUAAAUAUAUAGAGAAAUUACAUAUUGAAAAACCACUGCCUUACUAUACACGUUAAAAAACGGUAAAAGAACACACAGACAGAGGUGCUCAGAAAUCAAGUGUACAAGUUGUACAUGAAUGGGCAUUAGCCAAACCAAGUUACCUGCGCUGCCACUUUUUCUCAACUUGUAUGUUCUGCUUGCUGCUGUUUUAAACAAAAUUCCGAAAGAAAAAUAAAAAUCUUGAUACUUUA